UGAGAAUGCAGCAACUUAAGAUUACGGCAGUGCUUACAAUUGGCAUGUGCCUUGUAUACCUUCUUAUUUACUCAACCGUGAGUUACACUACACUAUUCAGAAGGCCAAGCAUCCUGGCUGCACAGAUUUCCAGGCAUCAUAACAAGACUCGUGGAGAUAUUAUCGUAUCUGUACAAAAGAACAAAGACAGUUCAGUGAUACAGCCAGGUAGUAAACACUCCAGACAGGAAGCGAAUAUUAUAAACAGAAACAAAACAACGCCUAACAAACGAAAUACCGAACGAAUUAAACAGAUGCUUAAAAGGGUUCCUUACAAUGCACCUGAAAUACUCAUCAAAAGUCAGGAAAGGCGUUUUGAUGCUAGUGUAGGAGAAGAUGCACUUGGAAGCACGUUUCCUCCCAGGAAGCCCUACAAAGGCGAUUUUCAGCAGGUGGACGUUCGAAUCUUCAUAUAUUCUGCCAUAUACCAAAUUGCCAACUCGUCAGUGCGGGCACUUAUCCUCGUUCCAGAACCAUUUAAGCCUGUCUCUUUCUUCUGCAUACUGAAAAGGUCAACGUCACAUCUGGGUCAUAGGAUUAAAGGUCAAUUCCAGCACAUUCCCCCAUCUAGAUGGGGCGUUUACAAAAAUCGAUGUGGAUUCGUUCACUGCCCAGUACCUCCCAACAGUUACCCAGAGUUCAUUUCUGUCCUCACUGCCCGGAUGUCCUCCCCCCUCAACGUCCUCGCUGUCAAUUAUCCUGGACCCCCCUAUAACCGACUGACGCGCUGUUACCCUGCAGUGCAUGGGAACUUCACUGACGUCAACACACUUGUCACAGCCCUGGAGACCAGCAGAUACUUCGGGACAGACAAGUUCCUCUUCUACAACUACAGCAUACCAGAAGAUAUCAACAAAGUCCUGCUGCACUAUGAGAGAGAAGGCAUUGUGGAGAUGAGGAACUGGAAGCUUCCCUUUCCCCCAGACCAGAUCCACUACUGGGGUCAGAUGGCGAGUAUCCAUGACUGUGUCUUCUCUCAGCUUGGGGUGGCCAAAUACGUUCUUCUUGCAGACAUUGAUGAAAUUAUUGUUCCUAAGAAAAACGUUUCAAUAGCAGAUCUGGCUGACAGACUACUGAAUACAAGAAAACCCACUUCUCAACAAAACGUAUACGGAGCUCUUAUGUUCCAAAAUGCAUUUUUUAUAUUGUAUGAAAAUGAGACAAAAUACAUGUUCUCUGAAAAGAAGGAUGCAAAGAAAUUCAAAAUGAAUGCAUUCCUGCAUACCAAUAGGUCUCGCCUAAAUCCUCCAAACUACAGAUCAAAACUUCUUGUGAAACCCGAGGCUGUGAAUCUGAUUCAUGUUCACUUAAUGGAGGAGUUCCUUCCUGGCUGGGAAAUGUAUGUAGUCAGCCCAGAAGUCGCUCUCAUGCAUCAUUACCGGGAGGGAAAGGACAAUCAGAGCCUGAAUCCUUGGAGUCAGGAUUUCACCUUUAUUAAAUACAGCAGUAGUCUAAUACCAAAGAUAAAGGAUCGACUAAUAAGUCUGCAAAGUGAACUGGGAAUACAGAUUUGAUCUGGGUUGAUGUUUAUUUUGAAAAUUCACUUGACUCUGCUGUCAAGAGGUACCAGAAGAUGUAACCCUGUUUGUCCCCCGGCAUAUAAUGCAGGAGGUAUUGUCAUCAUCUGGUCAGUCUGUCCACCCGUAUUUUGUUUCCAGAGCAUGACAUGAAAAACGUGAACGAUUUUCAUCCAAACUUGGUGCAUGUAUUACCACGAGCUGAAGUGGCGCCUUUUGCUAUAUUGGGGAUCAGGGGCAUUUGUCAUCUUCUGAUGAAUAUUGUUUUGGAA